AUGGCUCACUGUAGCUACAAAGCGCUUCUAGGUAAGGUCACCCCUUCCCAGGGCACACCUUGCGGUCAGUCCACAGAUUAUCCUGGUCAGCUGGAAUGUAUUGCGCUCAAAGACUGUACAAAGGAUGUAACUGGCCAUUUAAAGACCUUAAACCUCAGCGCAGAUGAGGGUUUAGGAUCUGAAAUAAAGUUGCUGUUAGCCAGAGCAGGUAAAUACCACCCUAAAAUAUAAUAUUUUGGUCUUUUUAUCAGCUAUAUUAUUAUUAUACGUUUUACUUUUUAUCAUCAUGCACUUGAGGGUGGUUAUUCUCAACAAAUUCUCCUUCUAGGGGUUUCCUCUAUGGAAGAACAUCACUAUGCCUUGAGCAUUUGUCCAAGGCACAGGGCUGAUUUCGGCAUCCGCUGGAGGACAGGGAAGACCAUGUGUACAGUGCCCAAAGAAUUAGCAGUACAUAAAACUACAACUGCUAAAGGGAGCCACCGAGUGGAUAGCUUGAAGUCGGCGUUUAUUUUCAAAACCACGAACACAUGUAUUCCAGUUGGAUCACGUAAGUUGCAAACGUUUCUGCGAAGAUUGGUUAGAUAAUGGUAAUUUUUCACGGUUAAGAAUCACAUAUAAGGUGGCACACAAGGCGAGGAAUUUGCUAGCACUCUAUUAAAGAAACAGUAGGAAAUUUCCACGAGACAGUGACAAGAGAGGAGAGAGCGUGCAAGGAGAGGGAAAGGCGCUUUUAAGAUGUAUCAAUUAUCACGUGUCGCUUGUUUGUAUCACGCAGGGGUCAUUUUUGACUUGGGGAUGCGGGUAAUCCAAGCACACCUUGCAGUCCUCAUUCAAAAUUAUUGGUCUUGCGGGCAGGAAGUUCUCUUCUUUCUAUGUAUGUUUUAAAUGUAUUUGUUUAUACAGUAUAUUGACAUUAAUUUCUGUUCGUCUGUUCAUUUUGUGUUGCUUUUGUUUCUCCAUUUAAAGCAAUUUGUAAACAAUGCAACGAGUAUAUCAGCAAACAGGCCAUGCCCAACCAAACUCUAGUGUUUGCUUCAGGUGGGGUGGAGCCCGUCCCCAGGGUCUCGCACCUGCAAGAGUUACCCGAGCCCCAUUUGUUGGUAAGUAGUAAUAAGAAACACUAGUGUAAAUGGUUCGCUUAAGUGGCUCCUUUAACGAUGGUAUGAAAUGUUUUCCUUCCAAAAAGAAAUUCAUCAUUCAUUCUUUCAUUUCCUUUUUAAUCCGUUUUUACUUUAGGGGAUUUCUUUUCAUUUCUUUCUUUCUUUCUUAACGGGUUUGUGUAGGCGUUGGCUUAUGAAUAAAAUAAAACAAAAUAAACGUCUUAUCAUGCUUUAUAGUAAUUACACAAUAUAUUUGUUUGAACUGUUUCAGGUAGAGGGGGAAACAGGCCGUUCAAGUGCAGAAACAACUAGUAGUGAGUUAUCGUCUGAUGACCUUGCAACUGAACUGAAGAGGCUGGAGAUAUCGUCAAGAGGGCGGGAUGAUGAGACGUUCCUCAGUCCGGAUACCGGAAGUCUUGUUUCUUCCACUAGUGACGAGGCCCCAACCACUAUGCAAGAACCUCGUAAAAAGUUGAACGAAUAUCUGGUUUCGAAGAACAUCCCGCCAAUAACUCAGCCCUGGAUGGAACGGGAUAAAGCUGGAGAGAGUACUAAGAGGAGAUACACCAAAAGGACAGUGGAGAUCUUUUCUUCAGUCCUACAAGAUCUUACUCCUAAUUAUGCAGGUUCUCUUUGGCAAGCGGUCGUCUCGUCCCCUGCCAUGAACAAAGCUCUUAAACUUGAUGAAUUAUCACAAACGUCCAAGAAUUAUCUUCAGGCCUUAGCAGAGGCAUAUGGUAAAGCUCAAGGGUGGGAGACAAGAAGGCAGAUCUUGUCUAUCAUGUCAGGCGUUGCCAGCUUCAAUGAUAUUUCAAGAUUUAAAGAUCUAUACCAGGACCGUUGA